UCUGCAAUUAACCAUUCACUUGGGUUCGAAUCUCUCUCCAACGACUGUUAUACAUAAGGUGGGGAGAAAGUUCGCAAAAAAGUUUAACUCAAAUCCAAAACCCUUCCUUUAAUCCGUUCCCAUCUUCCUCAGUCCUCACUCCACAUUCCACAAGCACCCAAAGACGAACAAUCUCCAAUUUUCUUUCUCCGGCAAAACCUUUACCGGGUUCUUUCCGGCGAGUUUUAAUUUCUACACAAGGCGCAAUGUUCACGCCGCAGAGGAAGGCGUGGCCCGCGGCAUCUACGUUCACGCCUCACCGAGGCGGCGGGGCGGCAAGUUCUGCUCUAUUCAAGGGCAAGGCCGUCGUUGUCGCCGACGAUCCCGCUCCGCCGCCGCCGCCGUUGGGCUCUCUGAGCGAAGCAACCCGGGAGACGGAUGUGACGGUAGGGUUCGAUGGGGGGAGCGUCGAUGAUUGGAAGAAGUUCAGAGAAGUAGGUUUGCUCGAUGAGGCGGUUAUGCAGCGAAAAGACCAUGAAGCACUCUUGCAGAGGGUGUCUAGGCUCGAAAAAGAGCUUUUGGACUACCAGGAGAACAUGGGCAUCCUGUUGAUUGAAAGAAAAGAAUGGAAUCUGAAGUUUGAUCAAUUAAGGCAAGAACUAUCUGCGACUGAGGAGAUUCUUAAACGAGAACAAUCAUCACAUUUGAUCGCAUUAUCCGAAAUACAAAAGAGAGAGGAAAAUUUGAGGAAAGCAUUAAUCACAGAAAAGCAGUGCGGGGCUGAUCUUGAGAGAGCCCUGCGUGCGAUGCAACAAGAGCAUGCCCUAGUUCAUUCGUCCUCCAAGACGAAGUUAUCUGAAGCAAAUGCAUUGGUUGAUGGUAUUGAAGAGAAGUCUUCACUGGUCAACAAGAAACUGCAUGAUGCAGAAUCUAAGCUUGCUGAGGUGAACAGCAAAAGUGCAGAGCUGGAUAUGAAGUUGCGAGAACUGGAGGUUCGUGAAAGUUUGCUUUGCAAGGAACAGUUGUCGGUGGCUACCGAUCGAGAAUCAUUUGAAGCAACGUCCCACAAACAGAGGGAAGAUUUGAAGGAGUGGGAGAAGAAACUUCAGCAAAGAGAAGAUAUGUUAUGUGGUGGUAGGCGAAAUCUUGGUGAGAGAGAGGAGAAGAUGAUUGAGACUGAAAAGAUAUUGUCGAAGAAAGAGAGACAUUUAGAAGUGUUGGAAAAGAAUAUUAAUUCCUCUAUGUCUUUGUUGGAAGAAAAGAAAGCCGAGAUAAGUACAAGACUAGCAGAUCUAGAUGCUAAAGAAGAGAAAGUUGAUUCUGUAAAGAGCUUGCUGGAUGUUAAAGAGAAAGAAUUACUUGCACUGGAACUGAAGCUUAGUGCUAGAGAAAAAGAGGGGAUUGAGAAGCUCCUUCAAGAGCAGAAGGUUAUGCUGGAUUUGAAGUUGCAGCAGUUUGAGCUGGAAACAGAGGAAAGACGGAAAUCUCUCCUUCAGGAGUUUAGAAGCAAGGAGGAAGACUUGGAGCAGAGGGAAGCUGAAAUCAACCACAGGCAGAAGGUUGUCGAAAAAGAAGAACAUGGUUUGAGUAAGAAGGCUGAGAGAAUAAAGGAACAAAGUAAGGAACUUGAAACAAAAUCUAAAUCUUUAAAGGAGAAAGAAAAGGAUAUUAAGGUCAAUGAAAAAGUGUUGGAGAAGGAAAAACAGCAAUUGCUUGCUGACGUGGAAAAUCUGCAGAAUUUAAAAGAUGAACUUGAUAAGCUUAAAGAUGAGAUUUCUCAGCAGAAGCAGAAAAUAUGCAAAGAAAUUGAAGAUUUGAAACUUACUGAAGAAGAGAGAGCUGAGCAUUCUCGGUUGCAAUUGGAACUAAAGCAGGAGAUAGAACAUACCAGAUUGCAGAAGGAUUCUCUUAUGAAUGAAGUUGAAAGCUUAAGGGAGGAUAGACUGAGGUUUGAGAAAGAGUGGGAAGGAUUGGAUGAGAAAAGAGCUGAAAUUAAUAGAGAGAAACAUGAAAUUGAUGUGGAGAACGAAAGAUUAAGAAAACUACAUCACAGUGAAGAUGAACGGUUGAAAAGGGAGAGACACGAUAUGCAAGAUCAUAUAAGGAAUCAACUAGAUAAGCUUGAACUAGAGAAGGAAUCAUUUAGAGAAUCAAUGAAGCAAGAGAAACUUCUUUUGUCUGAAAAGUUGAAGAAUGAGAAAUUGCAGAUGCUUCAGGAUUUUGAAUGGAAGAUAAGUUCUCUUGAGAUUGAAAUCCAGAAAAGGCAGGAUGAAAUGGAGAAAGAUCUGCAGGAAAGAGAGAGAAAAUUUCAGGAGAAGAUGGAAAGGGAGCUUAAUAAUAUUAAUGUCUUGAAGGAUGUUACUGAGAAGGAAUGGGAAGAAGUGAAGUCUCAGGGCCUUAGGUUAGAAAAUGAGAGGAAGGAGCUUGAGUCAAACAAGCAGCAGUUGAAGUCAGGCCAACGUGAGAUGCACGAGGACUCUGAAAUGCUUAUGAAUCUAAGCCGGAAGGUUAAAAAUGAACGUGAAAUACUUGUGGCUGAAAGAAAUCAAUUUCUUGCAUUUGUUGAGAAGCUAAAGUGUUGCAAGGAGUGUGGUGAGGUUGUUGGGGGCUUUGUUGUAUCUGAUCUUCCGUUGCCUGACUUUAAACAAAGAUCCAUUGUUCCCUCAGCCACCUCUCCUAUUCUGAAUGGUAUGCCGAGUAAGAACUCCCAGGACAAGGUAGCUGCUUCCAAUUUGGACUCUUCUGGAUCUACAUGGACCGGAAAUUGGCUCCUCCGUAAAUGUAGACCAAUCCUCGGUUUAUCUCCAAAUAAAAGAACUGAUGGCGUUGGUUCUUCUAAUGAGGAUGGGACAAUGCCACUUUCAGAUGUGAAUGUUGCUACAGAAAAGGUACCUGAACUGGAAUCUCUGCCCAUUAUAGAAGGAGCUGAGGUCACUCUUGAAGAACAACAGCUAGCAGAUGGAGCUCAUCACUCUUCGGAAACUCCACAACCCCAAUUUGAGAGAAUUUUUCGACAGGUGGAUGUUCAAAACACAGAGUCCAUGGAUGAUCAUAGCUACAGGGAUAGCUUUGUAGAUGGAAGUCCAGAUGAUUCUCAGCAGUCAGUUCCAAACCGCAGUCGGGGCAGACCUGGGAAGAAAAGCAAAUCUGGAAUUGCUAGAACACGCUCAGUGAAGGGUGUAGUUAGAGAGGCCAAUGAGUUCCUAGGGCAAGCCUCUGAGGAAAUAGAAAAUGCGAGUUUGCUGUCUCUCAAUGCCGAUCAUUUCAAAGAAGACAGUCAAGGAGACUCUAGUCAAAUUGAUGAAGCUGUUGGUAGGACUGGAAGGAAGCGACAACGCGCACAAACUUCAAGAAUUACUGAAAGUGAGCAGAAUGCAGAUGAUAGUGAUGGACAAUCAGAAAGCAUUACAGCUGGGGGGCACAGGAAGAAGAGGCAAAUGGCUGCUCCACCUGCACAAGUUACUGGAGAGAAGCGAUACAAUCUCAGGCAUCCAAAGAUUGUAGGUUCUACAGUAGACUUUUCCAAUAGAACACGAGGCGUGCAGAAAGAAGUUGCUUCUAGUAAACCAGAGCUGAAUAAAAUUCCUGAAGUUGACCCUGGUGCCUCAUUAGUAGAAGCAGACGGCAACAUCCAAAGCACAGUUCCCGUACAGGUCUCGACGACAAGAACCUUGGAAGAAAGGGUUGUAAGGUUUGAAGUAUCAAGAGACAUUGUGGAUGACAAUGGUGCUGUAACCAAUUCUGUGGAUUGUGUGGAAAAAAAUGGUGCCACAGAAUAUGAAGACGAAGGUGGAAGCACAAACCUUGGGGUUGAAAAUGAUAUUAGGGAGGGAGAAAUAGGGGAGGAGGCAGCGGAGGCAGAGGCGGAGGCGGAGGGAGGCGGAGGCAGGCGGAGGAAGAGGAGGAGGAGGAGGAGUCUGCAAUAAAGAUGAUCUUUAAAUUUUUCACAUCAUGAUUGAACUAGUUCCUAUUUGUCAUGGAUAUUACAAUAGAAAUACUUGUAUCCUCAUUCCUUCUAAUUAGGGAACUCUUUUAAAUAGGCAAGCAGCUAUGAAGCAACUAUAUAAUCUUACUUGGGGUUAAGGUUAACCUCCGUGUUCUCUUGUCUUAUGGGA